GAUGCCAAGGACCUACAUACAGGCAGCUGAUGAUACUGCCGGCUGAAGCGCUAUCCAUUUAAAAACAUAAACAAAGCAGUAUUUUGCCGCUGCGUACAAGCUCGGAUGGAACAGAUGAUGUUUACUUCUAACAUAGUCAGUUUAAUUUGAAGAAUGUCUGUGCUAUUUAAGGAGGAAAUGUGUGGAUUUAUGGAGUCAAAGCGUUAAAUAAGGAUCAUGGCGUUUCCGGAGGGAGAAUCACUGGAAUCCUGGCUCAACAAAGCCACACACCCGACCAAUCGGCAGGAGGACUGGGAAUACAUAAUUGGGUUUUGUGACCAGAUCAAUAAGGAGUUGGAAGGUCCUCAGAUUGCUGUGAGACUUCUGGUUCACAAAAUCCAUUCUCAAGAGUGGGAAGCCCUUCAAGCUCUGACGGUACUAGAGGCUUGUAUGAAGAACUGUGGGCGAAGAUUUCACAACGAAAUAUCCAGAUAUAGGUUUUUAAAUGAGCUGAUUAAAGUGGUUUCGCCCAAGUAUAUGGGGGACAGUGUUUCUGACAAGGUGAAGAAUAAGAUCAUUGAGAUGUUGUACAGCUGGACGGUGGUGUUUCCCAAUGAGGCCAAGAUCGCAGAUGCGUACCAGACACUCAAGAGACAAGGACUUGUGACGUCAGACCCAGAACUGACAGUGGACAAAUCCCUGAUCCCGUCCCCUCCGACACGACCCAAAAACCCAGUGUUUGACAAUGAGGACAUGGGGAAGUUGUUGGCUGAACUUCUGAGGAGCAAAAACCCAGAAGAUCUUCAGGAGGCCAACAGACUGAUCAAAAACAUGGUGAAGGAGGAUGAGGCACGAGUGCAGAAAAUGGCCAAACGCAACAAUACGCUGGAGGAAGUGAACAACAACGUCAAGCUCCUGAGCGAGAUGCUGGGUCACUACGACAGAGACCGAUCGUCCGACGCUGACCGUGAGCUCAUCAAGGAGCUGUAUGAGCGCUGUGAUAAACUACGACGCACCGCAUUCAAACUGGCCACUGAGGCAGAGGACAACGACUCCAGUCUGGGGGACAUUCUCAAGGCAAACGAUGAUCUGUCCAGAGUAAUCAGCUCUUAUAAACGAAUCGUAGAAGGACAGGCGGAUGACGGCGAGGGUGAAGAUCUCAGACUGGCUGCUAGUGAAGGAUGUGAGACCACGGGCACAUUGAUUGAUCUGGCUGGACUGGAUGAACCUUCCUCUCCCCCGAUCGUUGCUCCUCCUCCUCUUCCUCCUGAGGUCCCGUCAGCCAAUCCCACGGCCUCGCCCAUCCCCGUGCUGCCGCCUCCUCCUCGCCGAUUGGCCGGCGCUCAUGGCAGUCAGACGAGCAGCCCCAAUCACAAACCGCCUGAGCAGCAGACCUCCCUCUCCCUGCUGGACGAUGAACUCUUGUCUCUCGGACUGAAUGAUCCUCCCUCUGUGCCAAACAGACCGAAGUUGGAUGAACCAUCUGGUCAGUGGACAUCCUUACAGGCUCCUGAUCCGGGCCUGGACCUGUUUGGGAGCAUCUCUGCUCCGAGCGCCGUCUUUCCGACAACACACACACCUGCGCAGACCUCACACACACCAGCUGUCAGUCAGGGGCUGCAGGAUCUCUCCAUGCUGGACUUUGGAGGUGGAAAGAGUAGUGGUUCUGGUCUGACUGGCAUCGCUGGAGGUACUUUUGGUAUUUCUGGAGGUGUAAUGUGCCCCACAGCCGCCCCUCUUCAGUCCAUUAGCCCGUUUGUGAGUGCGGCGGUGCCUGGUUCGCCCGCUGGGGCUCGGGCUCGGGCUCAGGCGGUGACGGGCGGCUCAGCUCCAGGCAGCCCUUUCUUUCAGCCCUUCUCAUCUCCGUCUCACUCGCUUCAGAGCAGCCCGGCGCGGAGCUCAGAGCCCAGCCUGUCCAACCUGAACGUCCCGCUCGAGUCCAUCAGACCCAGUAAAGUCUUACCUGUGACGCUGUAUGAUAAGGAUGGAGUCCGUGUUCUCAUGCACUUUGCGAUGGAUUGUCCAUCGGGUCGACCGGACGUCCUGGUCAUGGUGGUGUCGUUGAUCAACACAGCACCGUUACCCGUGCGAAACAUAGUGCUGCAAGCAGCUGUGCCCAAGUCUAUGCGAGUGAAGCUUCAGCCUCCAUCAGGUGCAGAGAUCGCACCCUUUAACCCCAUCCUGCCCCCCGCAUCCAUCACUCAGGUCAUGCUGCUCGCCAACCCACUCAAGGAGCGUGUGCGUUUGCGCUAUAAGCUGGCGUAUCUUCUGGGAGAGCGUCAGUAUUCGGAGGUUGGAGAACUGGAUCAGUUUCCUCCAGCGGACAGAUGGGGCUCGCUGUAGAUCUCACCCUUUACCUGCUCGAACUCUUUAAUGUUCAUUCCCAAGGAUCAUCUUUCAUUUGUGCUGUUUAUUUAUUUUCAAUCAGUGUUUUACUGUAGCCUUGUGAAGCAGCAUUUGAUGCUUGAUGUUUUUCGCAAAAAUUCAAGCUGGAUAUUAAUACAAUAACACGAUGUCAGUGACACACAUGAUGGUCUGAAACGGAUGCGUUUGUUUCAGAGAUUGGUCUUUUGUGUUCUGCCUAUACAGACGUUUACCAUGGUAAUCAUAGUUUCUGUUAAAAUACCAUAGUAAAACAAUAAUUAACUGGCACUUUCAACAAAAAGAGUACAAAGUUAUGAUUAGAAAAUGAAAU